AUGCAGGAAGAUGCCUUUACAUCAGAGAAGGAUGAGACCUUGUCAAUACUUGUGAAUAUGGGAUACCCUUUCAAGGAAGCUUUGAUAGCUAUAGACAAAUGCGGUCCUGGAGCAGAUCUCAGUGACCUUGCAGAUUUUAUUUGUGCUGCUCAAUUAGAAAAGGAAAUUGAGUCUCAUCUUCAAGAUCGACCUAACAGGAUACAUGAUACCUCUCUUCAUGUGCAUAAAAGGUCAAGAGAUCACUACUAUAAUGGGAAAAAGAAAAGCAGAAUGUGCAGGACAAGCCAAAAGAAGCCUUUAGAAAUUGACAUGGAGGAGAUAGAACUAUCUAUCCCAACAAAUGGAUUUAGCAUAGCAAAAGGACUCUAUCCCAGGGUUGUAAGAAAGAUCCCAGAUAAACUAGCAGGUCCACCAUACUUUUAUUAUGAAAACGUCGCUAUUGCUCCUGUAGGAGUUUGGAAUAAAAUCUCAAAUUUUCUAUAUGGGAUUCAGCCAGAGUUUGUUGAUUCAAAAUUAUUUUGUGCUUCAACAAGAAAAAGAGGGUAUAUCCAUAAUCUCCCCACUGAAAACCGUUUCCCAUUGCUUCCUAUCCAACCCCUUACUGUCCAAGAGGCUUUGCCUAACACCAGACAAUGGUGGCCUAAAUGGGAUCGAAGAACACAGCUCAAUUGCCUUCUAACAAGCAUUGGAGCUGCCACAGUGACAGAGAAAAUAAGAAGAGACCUUGAAGAGUGUGGUGCUGAAACUCCUCCUCCAAAUGUCCAAGACACUGUGCUUAAACUGUGUAAAAAGUGGAACUUGGUUUGGGUUGGGAAAAACAAGGUGGCAACCCUUGAACCUGAUGAAUAUGAGAUGCUUCUGGGAUUCCCAAAGGAUCACACUAGAGGUGGAGGAAUCAGCAGAACAGAUAGAUACAAAGCACUUGGGAAUGCCUUUCAGGUUGACACAGUUGCCUAUCAUCUUUCAGUAUUGAAGGAUCAAUAUCCAAAUGGCGUUAAUGUUCUGUCCCUCUUCUCUGGCAUUGGAGGUGCUGAAGUUGCUCUUCAUAGGUUAGGAAUAAAGCUCAAGAACGUAGUGUCCGCGGAAAUAUCUGAAGUCAACAGAAACAUCCUUCGCUGUUGGUGGGAACAGACAGAACAAAGGGGUAACCUAUUUGAGGUUGAAGAUGUACAAAGGGUGACUUCAGAGCAUAUAAGCCAUUGGAUAAACCGUUUUGGUGGAUUUGACCUUGUCAUUGGUGGGAGCCCAUGUAAUAACCUUUCUGGUAGUAACAGAGUCAGUAGAGAUGGCUUGGAAGGGGAGCAUUCCUCACUCUUUUAUGAAUAUUAUAGGAUUGUUAAUGAAGUAAUGCAAGCACAACGAUAAUGUGUUGUGUGCUUUUGAUAGUGGAAAAAGAGCGGAUUCCCACUUAAAGGAGGGCGAAAGUUAC